UGAAAAAGAGGUCUCCCAAACCAAAAUGUCACAUACUCAUAAUCAUAAUCAUAAUACCGACCGACCGACGGAGGUUGGAUUGGACCAAGUGCAACCAUCCACCAUGUCCGAUCAGAUGCAGAGGACGACGACGACGACCGAAUGAAUGAAUUGAUGAAUCUAUGAAUCAAUCAAUCAUUCGUUUCUUGCGCAUUCUGAAUCCGAUGGCAGCUUCAGAAGCAGCACCGCCACUCGCCCCCAUUUCCCUAUAAUUGUCAAACAAAACAGUUCCGUCUCCCUUCCGCAAUUGUUUACCCAUUCAUCGACACAAGAUUACGCAGAUCCGAAUUGACUGCCAUCCGUUCGUCUCGGAGAGGAAUGGAUCCUCAUAGCUCUUGGGAUUCCUUGCGCAAACAGGCAAGGAAACUUGAAGCCCAGCUGGAUGAGCAGAUGCAUUUAUACCGAAAGUUGGUAUCGACAAAAGUUGACAAUUUUAGCGACAAUGAUAUCGAAUCAGGAAUUGAUCAGCUUUUGAAGCAGCUACAACAAGUAAAUACUCAAAUGCAAGCAUGGGUUUCAUCUGGAGGAUCAGAAAUCUUUUCUCAUACGUUAACACGGCAUCAAGAAAUUCUUCAGGAUCUUACUCAGGAAUUUAAACAACUCCAUUCCAGUCAUAGAGCCAAAAAAGAGCAUGCAUCACUGCUUGAGGACUUCAGGGAGUUUGACCGAACAAGGCUAGACCUUGAAGAUGGUGGUGGUUCUUACGAUCAAUCUCUUCUUAAGGAGCGCGCUACCCUGCACAGAAGUUCUGCCCAGAUGGAGUCUGUGAUAUCACAAGCACAGGAGACCAUAAAAUCUCUUGUGUUCCAACGAUCAACCUUUGGGGGCAUCAAUUCAAAGCUUAGCAACGUCAGCAGCCGGCUUCCUACUGUGAAUCACAUUCUGUCUGCCAUAAAAAAGAAAAAGUCCAUGGAUACGAUCAUACUCUCCUUGGUGGCAUCAGUCUGCACAUUUCUAAUUUUAAUUUACUGGUGGACAAAGUAGCGAGUUUGCGUCCCCCACGGGCAAUGGAUGAUCGAUCGUAAGGUGGCUGGGUAUUAUAUUGUUGUUAUUUUACUGUAUAUACAUAAUACAUCAUAAAUACAUGCUGCUGCUAUGUUGGUUGGUUGUGUUGUGUUGUGUUGUGUUGAUGUGUUACUAUUUGUUUUCCCUGAGAUUUUGUUGUGCUUGUCAGAUUGAUUGAGAUUUUUAUAUGUGGACUGCUAUGAAAUAAAAUAUAUGCUCUGGUAAGGUAAGCAAAGCCUAAUUCAACUUUUAUUCA